AGACACCUCCUAAAAGAAAUGGGUUUCAUUUGUCAUGUUGAGCACCCGCACAAAUUCAUAUCAAACUACCUAGCUGUCCUUGAACUUAAAGAACCUUCAGAGUUAAGGCAAGAUGCUUGAAAUCUAGCAAAUGAUGGGGUUUGAUGUAACAGAGAUUUUAGAGGAUAGCCAAGAAGAUCUUGAGGGAUUGGAUGCCUCGGCGUCACAUAUUGCAAAUCUAUUGUCAACAGAGCCUGCUGAUGUUAAACUUGGUAUUGGAGGAUUUAGUAUGGGUGCUGCUGUUGGUAUCUACUCAGCAUCCUGCUUCGCUGUGGGGAAAUACGCGAAUGGAAACUUCUAUCCAAUCAAUUUGAGGGCAAUAGUUGGACUUAGUGGUUGGCUUCCAGGUGCAAGGAGUUUGAGGAACAAAAUGGGAGGUUCAAAUGAUGCUGCAAGGAGGGCCACGUCCUUGCCAAUUUUCCUCUGUCAUGGAAAAUCUGAUGAAGUAGUUGCAUACAGAUUCGGUGAGAAGUCUGCUCAAGCCUUGACUUCAGCUAGAUUUCGAAAUCUCACAUUUAAAAACUUUGAUGGGCUUGGUCAUUACACUAUACCUAUGGAGACAACAAGCUACUAUUGCUGAAGUUUCAGAUUUCUGCCAACUCAUUCCUCCAGACAGAUUUCUUUUUCCUCAUGCAGCAGAAAUUAUUUCACUCUGAGCCACAGAGUAGUCAAUUGAUCAAAGAUAAGUCUGGAUUAUUUAAUUUUUUUUGGACAAAAAUUGUAAUAUUACAGGCUUUAUAGCCUUUUUU